CGUCAAUAUUGUCAAUGUCAUUCUUCAAACGUAAACGAACGAGUGCGAGUGAAAUAAAAUAAGAAAAUAAGCAAACUAUAAGCCGUUAUCGGCCUGAUAAAACUUUAAACUUCUUAUAUACAAUAAUACUAACUCAGUUGCAUGUUUGCUAGAUAAUUUAUAAGUAUUUAGACUUAGAAACUUGCUUGCUGAAAAUAAUGAGUCCAAGAAAGAAAAAAAUAAAAUAUUCUCCAACAAAAGCAGCAAAAGAUAAGGACACUAGUUUUAAGCGGGAAAAUGAUCUUGAAGAAUCAGUUGCAAAACGCAUCAAGGCUGAUAAAAAUCACGACGCAGAGUUACAGGCUAGAAAGAAGCAGAACUUCAUGGAAGCUUGUAAACAAGUCUCUUGCAAGGCUUACUCGGAUCAUAAUGCUAGAUUCUUAGAGACGUAUUUUCCUAAUUGUUUAGAGAAUGGUGGCUGCGUACAUCAUGAUAAGAAUGCGGCCCCUAUCAGUCAAAUGGCACCUCAUGUUGAGCAGUCAUUCUCAAUAGAAAUUAAGAAUAAGGCAUGGUUUGAAGCCUUGGAUGUGUGCAGAAUGUACAUUACUCGUCACAAGUUUUUAACACCAGCAGUAUUACAAGAUAUAGUUGAAAUUAUAUUGAAUGCCCAUCAAGAUGAUUACGAUGAUCACUCAUUAUUAGAUGUCAUAAUUAAAGCCCAACAAGUACUCUCUCUACACUUCAGCACGCAUCCUCCUUGCUAUACUAAAACCUUAAGAACAUGUUAUAAAGAUUUCCUAACAUCACCCAUGAAUCCCAAAGACAAGACUUUUACAAAUAGAACAGAAUUUGAAUAUAGAAAAGGUAUUGUUAAAUAUUGUAUGAAUAGACUUGAAGAUGAAAUCAGUGCUGAUAGCAAAGAUGGGCCUUUGGUAGACAAGCAAGGUAAAGUGCCAAAACAUUUGACGAACACAGUUAGUGCUGCUCAUUGGGAAAAUGAAAAGUUUUUAAUAUAUGAAUGCCUGGACAGGAGAGAAAGGAUAAAAAGACUCAUGGCUGUCCUAGAAAGUGCAGUAGAAUUAUUGCAGUAUGAUCUGGCUAUUUGGCAUUCAAGGUAUAUCAACAACUUGGGCACCCACAUUAUGAGGUCACAUAAGCCCUUAAUGGCAUUUGUUUUGUGGUCUGAAACUGUGUACACCGGUGCAGUGACUAGCAACUGCAGGCAAAUAAUGAAGCUAUUUGUACAUCUUAAUCAUUUAAGAUACCCAGACGACAUGCUGACGACAAUAGCAAUGUGGCUAAAUGCAAUGAUUCAAACAUUUUACUUUUGUGAAACAAACUCAAACAGUGAUUACCCAAAUAUAGGAAAAUAUUGCAAACAAUUUGCAAAAGAGUUCUAUAAAAUAAUUGCAGGUAUGCCAUGUGACUCUGUCAACAGAAUUUUAGACAGAAUUGAACCACCAUUUAUGAAACAUCUCAUUGGUAUGACCCACAUCAAGAUAUUGCGUCCAAUCCAAGAUGAUUACAUUUCAAACAUUUUAAUCAACUUUUUUAAAGAAAAGCAGUGGUUGACAUUUCCACCAGACGAAAGUCAAGUGAUUAUUUGUAGACCACUAUUUAUGAAACCCAUUAAGAUAUCUGGAGUGCUCAAUUUUGUAACAAAGAAAUAUUUUAGUCAUAAUACUAAAGUUGAAGGUGCCAGCAGUGUCGACAAUAUAGAUUAUGCCAAAUUAGAUACAGAAAAGUUAGCUGAUAAUAAAUUAGAUGAUAGCCUGAAUCAUUAUGUCCACACCCUAUAUGUGACAUUGGAAGCUUUUUUGAAUAUUUAUGAUGUACAUGCUGUGCAAGAAACAUGGAACAGAUUGAAUGAAACUCCCAUAGAAGAUAAUGUUGAUCAAAACAACUCAACUUCAUUUCAAGGUGGCAAAUAUAAGGUUACUGUUGAAUUCAUCAAAAAGUACAAAGAUAUUAUGAAGUCUAUGAAGGAAUUGCAUAAAGUGUUCAAAGAUUUGAAGAGCAAUGGAGAUAUGCCUGAUAUCUUGAACAUUUUUAUUAAACUUCUACAUGACUGACUAAAGAAACUGGUGAAUUGUUUGAUCAUGAUGUUUGUACUCAUUUACAGGGACCAAUAAGUAACAAAUUUAAACUUUUAGGUAAUUGUCAAUAGGUAACAAGGUAAUUUAGGUGAAAAGUAGUUUUAGUAUCAUAAGAAAUUAUGCAUGUUCUUUGUUCCUGUUAUAAUUACUAUUUUUGUAAAUUAGUGAUAUUCACAAGUAACAAGUGUCUAAUUGGUAUUAAUAUAUUAAGGUUGCCUUAUAGCUGUAUUUAAUAACUUGUCUCAAUACAAAAUCUGUAGAUAUGGAUCGAUUUUUGACAUUGGUUGUAUGGAGUUUCUGUGAAAGAUCAAUCUUAAUCUGCAAAUUUUGAAUUGAUACAGAUUAUUCAAUUCGGCUGUUAGUAAUGACAGAGCUUCUUUAAAAACUACCUCUUGUUAAUAAUUAAAAGUUUAAUAAAAAAAAAAAUAUUUACAAUUUGAUGAUAAAUGUGAAGCUAAGAAUGUCCUCUGGUUAUUUGGUAAAUGUUCUUAAUUUUCAAAUGUUUUUCAAGAGAUUACUAUUUGUGAAUGACUUUGUUGAUAGAUGUUUAGGAUAUUGUAGCUUGAUAGCAUCCCAGGGGGAUUAAAGCUUGUCUGCCACUUGGUGGCUUAUUGGCAAUGAGUCAUAGACAUGGUAAAAUACUUUUUCUUCCAAUUUACCAUAAAAUUUAUUUAGUAAAUUAUUAAAUUUGCAUUGUGUGUGAUUGAGUACAAAGUCAAUUAAUAGUUAGGUAGUUAUGUGUAAUUCUAUUGACAUGUUAUCCCACCAGUUCACCAUACUGUUAUUUUGUUACUUAAUUAAAACAAAAUGUUAAAGUAUUGUAAUUUUUACUUAAUUAUGAAUAAAUAAAACUACCAGUUACUACUCUA